AUGAGGUGUGCCUCUAAAUCCUGGAAUGCUCUCUUAUCUCAAUCCUCCUUUGUGAAAUCCCACCUCCAUCAUUCUAUCCAUAACAACACUGAAAUUCUCUUGGUGUUCACGAAGGAUUAUUUUUAUUUUCACUGUGAACCGUUCAUAGCACAUCCUAAUUCUCGAUCUCCCCAUCUCAAACUCAUUAACUUCAUCAAAAUCCCAAAUAAUCCUCCAUCUCAAAAUAUUGUUAUAGGUUCAGUUGACGACUUAGUAUGUUUUUCUCACAGAUCAGAUGAUUAUUUAGUCGUUAACAUUUGGAACCCUUCUCUCUCUACCAUGUUAACUCUACCCUCACAUUCCAUGCACUCCAAUAAUUAUAAUGACUCUAUGGAAAUCAUUUUCUGGUUUGGAUAUGAACCUGAAACAAAGGAUUACAGAGUUGUUAUGCUUAAUGGCAUUCACCAACCACCCAGUAGCCACCAACAUCAUGUCAUUAAAGAGUGGCGGCAAGUUGAGGUUUAUAACAUGAAAAGUGGUUCCUGGAAGUUAAUCACUCAAAGGUUUCCAUCCUACGUGUCACGGAUUCAUCCUCAACAUGAAGUUUGUGUUGAUUGCUAUAAUGGUCAUCUUCAUUGGCUUUGUUAUAUUGAUGAGAAGAUGAAGGCACAAAAAAUAGUGACUUUUGAUUUGGGUGCGGAGACAUUCCAUGAGACACAUCUUCUAGAUUCUAUACUAGAUUAA